GUCCCGAUCCUGACGGGCUGAGUAGUAAUCAUUUACGCGCGGGGUUUUCUGUGAAUGGGAGCCGGGCUUCGCGUUGCUAUGGGAUUCCCGGGCUACGUUCCACUGCUCCUCGCGCUUAGCGCCUGCUGCUUGUUGGCGGUCGCCCGGCUGCCCCUGGUCAUCAAUACCUGGCCCUUUAAAGCGGCAACGAAGCGAGCAUGGGACACUCUUCAGUCUGGAGGUUCAGCGUUGGACGCAGUGGAGAAAGGUUGCAGUCAGUGUGAGGUUGAGCAGUGUGAUGGCACUGUGGGAUAUGGAGGAAGUCCAGAUGAACAUGGAGAGACAACACUGGAUGCUAUGAUAAUGAAUGGUAACACGAUCGAGGUUGGAGCAGUUGGCAAUCUUCGAAGAAUUAAAAGUGCGAUCAGCGUUGCUCGAGCAGUGAUGGAGCACAGCAGUCAUACACUGUUGGUGGGGGAUUCAGCAUCAAUUUUUGCUCAGAACAUGGGUUUCCUAAGUGAAGAUUUAACAACGAAUAAAUCUCUGUCUAUGCACUCAGAAUGGCUGAGCAAAAAGUGCCAGCCCAAUUUCUGGAAGAAUGUCUUACCAAAUGCUAAAACAUCUUGUGGGCCGUACAAACGAAUGAAGGGGCUGUGGUCAAAAAAACAUAGAAUGCCAGCCCACAUGGUCAAUGUUCACAACCAUGACACCAUUGGUAUGCUUGUGAUUGAUAAGAGUGCAAGUAUAGCAGCUGGAACAUCUACCAAUGGUGCAAGACAUAAAAUCCCAGGCCGUGUGGGCGAUUCACCGAUAGCUGGAGCAGGUGCUUAUGCUGAUAGCACAGUUGGAGCUGCAGCUGCUACUGGAAUGGGGGAUAUCAUGAUGCGGUUUGUCCCAAGUUACCAAGCAGUGGAAUAUAUGAGAUUGGGAUUUGAACCAGCCACAGCUUGUCGGAAGGCUAUUGCAAGAAUCCAAAAGUAUUAUCCAAAGUUUUUUGGUGCAAUCAUCUGUGCUAACAGAACUGGUGCUUAUGGUGCUGCAUGCAGUAAAUCUCCAGGACUUGACCAGUUUCAUUUUAUGGUUUACAAUCCAGUGAAGGCCUCUGAACAGCUUGUGGACUGCAUUUAAAGCUGCUGAGAUGCAUCGCUUUCAAAGACUUUUAAAGGGCUUGCGACCGUUUCGCUCAAUUGUGAACCUAAAUGUCAACUCUCAAAUUCAGCUGCAAUCUGCUAAAUGUAUUAUGGAACAUGAUCAACAAUGUGCUGUGGAAAGUGAACCAUACUGAUUUGCCAAA